GGGCGGAAAUACAGAGUAACCAAGGGUUAGCUCUUACCACAGUCGAACAGUGAACGAUCGUUUGAUCUUCGUCGCUAUGGGAACCUUAGGGAGAGCAGCAUACACAGUUGGAUUUUGGAUCCGCGAAACUGGACAAGCCAUGGAUCGUCUCGGUUCUCGCCUCCAGGGCAACAACUACUUCAAGGAGCAACUGUCCAGGCAUCGAUCUCUUAUGAACGUGUAUGACAAAGCCCCUGCUGUUGAUAAGGAUGCGUUUGUUGCCCCAAGUGCUUCUAUCAUUGGGGAUGUCAAUGUAGGAGCUGGAUCAUCUAUUUGGUAUGGAUGUGUUCUGAGAGGUGAUGUGAACUCCAUCAGUAUUGGUUCUGGCACUAAUAUACAGGACCACUCACUUGUCCAUGUUGCAAAAUCUAACCUACCUGGGAAGGUGCUGCCUACUGUGAUUGGCGACAAUGUGACUGUUGGUCAUAGCGCUGUUUUACAUGGAUGCACUGUUGAAGAUGAAGCAUUUGUUGGCAUGAAAGCUACACUGCUUGAUGGGGUAGUAGUAGAGAAACAUGGCAUGGUUGCUGCCGGAGCCCUUGUACGACAGGAUACAAGAAUUCCCAGUGGCGAGGUAUGGGGAGGUAAUCCGGCCAAAUUCCUUCGGAAGCUUACAGAGGAAGAGAUAGCCUUUAUUUCCCAGUCGGCUGCCAAUUAUGGCAGCCUUGCAAAAGUUCAUGCUGCCGAGAACGCAAAGCCCUUGGACAAGAUCGAGUUUUUGAAAGUACUACAAAAGAAAGUGAACGAACCCAGAUCUCUGCUUCAGUCAUGAUUUUGGUAAGGCACGAAAAAACCGAGCAUUAGUUUGUUGUAAGGUAGUUGUUUUUUGCAUCUCCUGAAUGCUUCAUGUUUUAUGAAAGCACAUAUACGGACAAUGCAAUCUUCCUUACAUUACAUAUUUGGUCAUUGUCCUUUUACAAAUAAGAUGAUGGUAUUGAUUUGAACUGCAAGAUCGCUUACGAGUA